AUUCUGACCCUUUAACAACUGAUACCUCACAACUAACUUGGAAAAUCAAUCUGAACAAAAAGCUUAACUCAAGAACAAGUUUUUAUAAACCUGAAAAUUUUACUAAAGACGCUUUAAAAAGGAAUAACCUCAUUCCUGUAACCGCAAUAGUGUUGGGAUGGAAACGUACUGAAAGUUUAAAGGUAGUGGUGAAUUAUAUUUCAAAAUAUCCUUAUAUAAAAGAAAUAUUGAUAUGGAAUAAUAACAAUGGAACAAGGCUUAAUGUCGAG